ACAUAUGGUUAAAAUCUUUAUUAAAACUAUAGCUUAAAAGGUGAAUUUAUAGGUAGGUUAGAAAAACAUUUCAUGUGUGUACUAAAAAAAGAGAGAUCCAAGAUAACAUUUAAAACUGAGUUGAUCAGGGUUAAAACACAUUUGAUAAAAACCUUAAAAGAACCCAAAAGCCUACCCUCAUCAAUGUAAAUACUGAGGGGAGCGCUACAUAAAAUGGAGGCACCGCUGGGAUAGUCUUGGAUUUUUUAGUGAAGAAAAAAUAAAUAGAGUUAAAAGGUAAAGUGACUAACUAAAGUUACUAAGCUAAUUUACAAACAGUAUUAACAUGGAAAAAACUGAACUAGUGUCAGAGUUAAAACGCUGGUGCCGUGGUGAGGGUUUGGAUGAGUCUCAUGCACUUAUGACCGUCGUCCCAGAAGAUGUAGAGAUCAGUGAAGUGGAAGAAACACUGGGAACUAUCAAGUCUUUAGGACGGGUGCGCGUCCGUGGGAGAAACUUCAGUGCAAGACUAAACCAACGGAUGGUUUUGUGUGAGAGUAAAGAGACUGUGCAAGAGGAGAGUGUUCCUACUGAAGUUGUGCCUAUUGAUGGUGGAGAGGCGUGGCCUGUUAUCAUCAUAGGAGGGGCGCCGGCAGCUGCUGAAGAGUUUAAUAGUAAACUAAAAGGAUUGCUGCAGGCUGAAGGUAAAACCAUGGAGGACCUCAAAUCAUUGUUCCCCAGUACACCCCCGCCCACUAGCUCCACUGAAUCCAUCCUUCGCGCUGUCGGAGAUUUGUUGGAAAAGACAACAAAACCAGCUGAUGGUGGAAGUUAUGGUCGACUACGCAUGUUCUCGGGAGCCCUACCAACUCCGCCAGGUGAAGAACCAUUUGAUCACUGGCUAGAGCAAGCAUGGCUUAUGGUGGAGGAGACUGAAUGCUCUGAUAGAGAAAAAAGACGCAGACUUAUUGGAAGUUUAAAGGGGCCCGCACUAGAAAUUGUGAAAGCAGUGCGGCACGCCAAUCCUGACGCCAGCCCAAAGGAGUGCUUGGAAGCCCUUGAAAGUGCUUUUGGAAGUGCUGAGUCCGGUGAUGAUCUCUACUUUGCUUUCCGAUUGAUGCAACAGCAAAAAGGAGAGAAACUAUCAGAUUUCCUUCGACGUCUAGAGAGGUCUCUAGCUAAGGUGAUUCAAAGAGGUGGUCUCCCUGCUAGCUGCAAGGAUCGAGCCCGACUGGAGCAACUGCUGAGGGGUGCUAUCGCCUCAGACCUGAUGCUGAUCCAGCUGCGCUUGAGAGAAAGGAAGGCUGCACCCCCAAACUUUCUACAGCUGUUGACUGAGAUUCGAGCUGAGGAAGAAUACGAAACUUCUAGAAAGAAGCUCAGUGCCUCAGUACAUCAAGUGCAUGCUAAUACAGAAGUGGAUACAAGGCAAGCUGAGAUCCAGAACUUAAAGGCUGAAAUAAAAGAGCUAAAGUCAAUGGUGGCAUCAGUAGUGACCAAAUCCACUCAAGUCAAAGAUGAGUACAUGAAGGUUAAAACAAUUAGUGCGCCGCCUGUCUCUGAGAACCGACAAGAUGCCGAGCUGGCUGCCUUGAAAAAACAACUGAAACGACUAAAACAGAAAACAACCAUCAAGAUGCCGGAGCAAGAUGCUGCAGUUGCUGUUUCAACCAUGGAAGCUUCUAAACAGGUCCCCAACUCCCCCAAGGGAGCACUGAAAAAGUCAGAAGAAAAUUUCUGCUAUAGGUGUGGUGAGAGUGGACAUUUUGCCACUAAGUGCCGCAACCCUGAGAAUCAAGCCAAGGUUAUCAGAAAGCUAAUUCAUGCUUUGAAGGUGACAAAAGACAGACAGCAGUCUGGGGAUUCCACCACCAAUGAAGUUAACUGUGGGGUCAAGAAAAGUGCUGUUACCUCAUCAGAGCCGGCUGACAUCCCGGAAGGCUUGAUUGGUCCACCCAGCAUAGUACCUGUGAAAGUAAAUGGACAUUGCUCUGAUGCCUUGUUUGAUAGUGGCUCUCAGGUCACCAUUAUCUUUGAGUCUUGGUAUCAAACUUACCUGUCUGAUGUCCCAAUACGCCCCGUGUCUGGUUUAGCCCUGUGGGGACUAAGUGAAUCGGAGAGCAGUUAUCCAUACCGUGGGUACGUAGUGGUCGACAUUGAAUAUCCAGCAAAGGUUGCAGGUGCCGACCAGACAGUGACAGUUCUUGCUCUUAUCUGCCCCCAGCCCCGAACUGCAGACCAGACUCCUAUCAUUGUGGGGACCAAUGCCAGUCACAUCCGACGUCUUGUACAGCAGUGUAAGGACAAUGGCAUUGACAUCACCCAGACACUGGGGAUACAAGCAUGUUACAAAGACAACAAGCUAACAGCGCCUGGCACGGCCACAGCCCUGGAGGACGAGGGUGAUAUUGGCUGUGUGUUAUGGCAAGGCCCUGGCCCACUGACUCUGCCCCCUGGUGGUGACUGUACGGCAGUCUGCAAAGUCGAGUACAAGCUCCAAGUUGACAAAGAAAUCCUGAUGGUUGAUUCGUCUCCUGUAGCUCCACUCCCAGCGGGUGUGCUACUUCAGCCCAUGGUGGUGCCCAGCGAAGAAGUGAACGUCAACCAUUUCAGAAUCUUGGUCCAAAAUGAGUCUUUGACAGAGACAGUCAUACCAGUGGGAUCAGUUAUCGGACAUAUGUAUCUGACAGAUGCAGUCACUCCUCUAUCUCCGCCCAAGACAGCUGACACCGAGUUCGAUGCAAAUCUGAUCAACUUUGGAGACUCACCUGUCUCAGAGGAGUGGAAAGAAAGACUCUGUCAAAAGCUAUCCACCAGGUCCCAGGUAUUCUCUUUCCAAGAAUGGGAUGUUGGAUUGGCAAAGGGAGUAGAGCACACAAUCCGGAUGUCAGAUCCACGGCCGUUCAGGGAGCGCUCUCGUCGCCUGGCUCCAGCUGACCUGGAAGACGUGAGAAAGCACCUCCAAGAACUGUUACGUGCAGGGAUCAUCAAGGAGUCUCGCAGUCCCUAUGCAUCCCCAAUCGUGAUUGUUCGCAAAAGAAUGGAGCUGUGA